AUGGCUGUGCAGCUGUGCCUGUUCGCGCCGAGCAUGCAGAUCUGCACGGACCGCAGCUUUCCGCGCGAGAUUGUGCUGGAUGUGCUGCAGGCAAAGCUCGAGCGCAUCACCGGCAUACCGCCGAGCGCCCAGCGCCUCGCACUCUACGCCUUCGCCGACAUCCAAGACGGCCAGCAGACGGGCGACGCUGCGCCUGUGCCCUUUCCACUCGAAACGCCGCUCUCCUCCGCGCAGGACGGCAUGCUUCUCAAAAUUCUGGACAGCCGUGGAAGCGCGGCGUCAUUGAACGAUGCAGACGUGGAAAAGUAUACGAUGAGCGACGAGGCGUACGCGUCGCGCAGGGAUACGGUGCGUGCAUUUAAGCAGGCGCACCAUCUCGGCCAGUUUGCGCCAGGCGUCGCGCGCCCCACCGUUCCAGAUAACAUCCAAGUGGGUGCGCGGUGCAUAGUGUCGCGCGGCGACGCGUCCGAGGACUUUGCGCGGCGCGGCACGAUCCAUUUCGUAGGCACGACGCAGUUUGCGCCCGGCGCUUGGGUGGGCAUUGUGUACGAUGAGCCCGUGGGAAAGAACGACGGGAGCGUGCAAGGCACGCGCUACUUUGACGCCGCGCCCAAGCACGGCGGAUUCGUGCGGCCCGCACUGGUCACCGUCGGCGACUUUUCCCCUGCGCUGGCGCACGAAGAAAUUUAG